AUGGAGAGAAGCAAUCAUACAGUGACUGAGUUUAUUCUGGUGGGCUUCACCACAGACCCAACAAUGCAGCUGGUGCUGUUUGUGGUAUUCCUUGGUGUGUACUCGCUGACUGUGGUAGGAAAUAUCACCCUCAUGGUGUUGAUCUGUAACGACUCCCGGCUGCACACACCCAUGUAUUUUUUCAUUGGGAAUCUGUCUUUUCUGGAUCUCUGGUAUUCCUCUGUCUACACCCCAAAGAUCCUCAUGACCUGCAUCUCUGAAGACAAAAACAAAAGCAUCUCCUUUGCUGGCUGUGUCUCUCAGUUCUUCUUCUCUGCUGGGCUGGCCUACAGUGAGUGUUACCUGUUGGCCGUCAUGGCUUAUGACCGCUACAUGGCCAUCUCAAAGCCAUUGAUUUAUUCUCAGGCUAUGUCCAUAAAGCUAUGUGCAUCUUUGGUAGCAUCCACAUACCUUGGUGGCUUUAUUAACUCUUCUAUUCUCACUAAAAAAACUUUUGCCUUGAACUUCUGUAGUGGCAAUGUCAUUGAUGACUUUUUCUGUGAUUUGCUUCCCCUGGUGAAGUUGGCUUGUGGCAAAAAAGAUGGCUACCAGAUUGUGCUGUACUUCCUCCUGGCCUCCAAUGUCAUCACCCCCACAGUGCUCAUCCUCGCUUCUUAUUUCUUCAUCAUUGCCACCAUCUUGAGGAUCCGUUCUACCCAGGGCCGCCUCAAAGCUUUCUCUACCUGCUCCUCCCACCUGCUCUCUGUCACUUUGUAUUAUGGUUCCAUUCUCUACAUCUAUUCUCGUCCCCAAUCUAGCUAUUCUAUGGACAAGGACAAAAUAGUUUCUACAUUUUACACUGUGGUAUUCCCCAUGUUGAACCCCAUGAUCUAUAGUCUGAGGAAUAGGGAUGUGAAAGAGGCUCUGGAUAAACUCAUUAAAUAA